CACCCACCCACCCACCCACCCCAUCUCUCACUCUUACACUCUGUCCAUGCGUUCUUGUUCAUGCUUCAAGGUCCUACUCAAGAACAGGUCAGUCUCAUCUGGUAAUUGAGGGCUUCUAAUCUUGGAACUGUUCAAUCUCUUCGCAGCUGAGUCUGAUUAUGUCUGGAGGAAUCCUCCCUAAUUUGCCUAAGUUGGUGAAUCUGACUGAAGUCCUGUGGAAUGAACAGCUUGUUUCAUGCAUGUUCAACUGCAAUAUUAACAAGGACUAGCCAUCUUGUUGUGAAGAGUUCAAUCUGUGGAUUUCCAUCUCUUUCAUGGAAGACAAGCGUUGGUCAUGCUAGAAUUAGAAAAGUUGAUUCCAACUUGUAUUUGAAUAGAGUUUCUGUUUGUUGCUAUUCGUCCAAAAAACAUAGUGGAGAUAGUUCUCCAUCGCAGAAUUCUGAUUCCACUCCAGAAAUGAAAGAAGAGAGAGAUGGUUUCUUUGUUGUUAGGAAAGGAGAUCUGGUUGGAGUCUACAAAAACUUGAGUGAUUGCCAGACCCAAGUUGGAUCAUCGAUAUGUGAUCCUCCUGUUAGUGUGUACAAAGGCUAUGCCAUGCCUAAGGACACAGAAGAAUAUCUUCUUUCUUGUGGGCUUAAAAAUGCUCUCUAUUCUAUCAGAGCUGCAGAUCUUACCGAAGAUCUCUUUGGGACCCUAGUACCAUGCCCUUUUCAGCAACCUUCUUCUUCAAAAAGUGGAACAUCUGAUCAUUUGCCAAAGAAGAGGCCACAGGAAGCAGUGUGGUCAGAAUAUGCGGAUGCUGUUGGAUCAACGGUUGUUUCAAAUGAUUCCGCAAGAAAGCAUGUCAAGUUAGAACAACAAAAGGGCGACCAAGUUCUAGCUCUACCAUCUGGUCAGCGGUCAUGUACUCUUGAAUUCGAUGGUGCUUCAAAGGGAAAUCCUGGACAAGCUGGUGCGGGAGCUGUUAUACGGGCGGAUGAUGGAAGCAUGACCCUCAGGCUACGUGAAGGUUUAGGAGUGGCAACAAGCAAUCAUGCUGAAUACAGGGCCUUUAUUUUGGGUUUGAAACAUGCUCUUAGAGAAGGGUUUACAAGCAUUCGUGUUCAAGGUGACUCCAAGCUUGUUUGUAUGCAGAUCCAAGGUCUGUGGAAGGUUAAAAAUCAAAACAUUGCCGUGGUGUUUGAGCAGGCAAAACAAUUGAAGGAAAGGUUCCUUUCUUUCCGCAUCAUUCAUGUCCUUCGGGAAUCAAACUCUGAUGCAGAUCAGCAAGCAAACUUGGCUGUUGAACUUCCUGAGGGUCAAAUUCAAGAGGAGUUACAGAAAUGACAAAGCCACACUGAUGGUUUUUCGCGUACAUUGCAAAAAUGUACAGACUAAGGAUUUAUUUAUACGCCCAGCAUUCUUACCAACCUAAAGAAGGUUUGUGCUAUGAAACCAGUGGAUCAUUUAGCGUCCUCUUUGGAUUAAUGUUAUUGCAAUUAGGAAUUAUGUUACCUUUAAAUUCUCAGCAAUGGGAAAUUAUGUCUCUCUCAUUUGUAAGAUUAUAUGUGUGUGUAUCUAACAAUGCCCCCCAUCAAAUAAGUGGUAAGACUCAUUGAACUGUGAUACAUCUUUUUGU